GCCCGGCCCAGUCGCACAAAAAAGGAAAGCGAUGGAACGAGUUCUAGCAAUACAUUAAACGCACGCAAAGAAGAGAAGAAGAGAGAGCAUUGAUUGUUCUUCACAUUUCGCCCGUGAACUUGUAAAAUUCGUUGCCGGAAAGUUCGCCGGAACUAACCGUCGGUCUUCUUUUUGUGGUCAACGGCCGGUGGUGUUGGAUACUGAUCGACCUUGUAGAGGCAUCUUAAUCGAGCCAUCCAGAUUGUGAUCCUUUGGGUUGGAAGAUGAUCCCGUCAAAGUCCGAGUCUUCGGAUGUUGAUACAUCUGGGAAUUUAUCCAGUGCUCAGCUUCUGCGUGACAUCGAAGCGAUCAGCAAAGCACUUUUCGCGCACAAAUCUGCCCAGUAUGCGCCAGUCAUCUCAUCACACGUCGGGCACCAAUUUGCAGGGAAAGUCUUAUUCCCUAAUCGUGGGUUGGUUGCGAACCCGAAAAAUGAUAGGGAAGAUAUGGUGAAUAAGUUGAAUAGAUCAUCUUCAUCAUGGAAUUGGAAGAAGCCCCUGAAAGCUCUGUCCCAUCUCCGGGACCGAAAAUUUAGUUGUUCUUUCUUCUUGCAUGUGCAUAAUAUUGAAGCUUUGCCUGCGAAUUUUAAUGAUUUUAGUCUUACUGUGCAAUUUGGGAGGAAGAAUGAGGUGAUCACGACCCGGAAAUCACAGGUUCUGAAAGGAGUCGCUCAUUUUAAUGAAACUCUGAUGCAUAGGUGCAAUGUUUAUUGCCAUAGAAGUGGGCCAGAUGAUUCAUGCAAAUAUGAGCCGAAAAUUUUCUUAAUCCAGGCUUCUGUGGUUGGUGCUCGGGGACUUGAUAUUGGCAAACACUGGUUUGAUCUCACUCGAGUUCUUCCUCUCCCAUUUGAGGAGUUGGUGGGAGAGAAAAGCUCCGGAAAGUGGACCACUAGCUUUAAACUUGCUGGAAAGGCAAAGGGAGCUAUUCUGAACGUCAGUUUCGGUUACUUGUUAACAACCGAUGCCCUUCUCGAGUCCAGUGGCAAUGUGACUGUCUCUCAGCUUAUAGACUUGGCGUGUAGGUCCAAUGAGAAGCAAAGUGGUACUAGACUUGCUCAGUUCAAUUCAUCUGGAAGGUUGUCUAGGAGCGGGAGCGUUCCUAGCAAUUUAAACCAGGCAACAGUCUCCUUGUCUCAGUUGGUUGACGGGAACACCUGUCAUGAAGUAUUGAUUCCUCCUGCUUUAGAGCUUUCCAAGUCAAUUCAUCUUCUUUAUAAGAAACUCGAUGAGGCUGACUGGAAUGGUUCAAUUGGGUCAGAAGCUUCUACCACACAUAUAGGGAGAUCAAAACAGAUACCUGAGUCUGAUCUCAAUCCUGACCCUGUGAACGCAACUGAAGCAGAUGAAGACAAAGAGAUAGAAUUUGAAAUAAUUGAGAAGGGAGUAGAACUAGAAGUACCUGAACUGAAGGAAGCGACCAGUGUCUCACAAAGCAAUGAUUCUGCUUGUAAUGUCUCUGAAGCUGCAAUGGUUCAUGUGGAUAAGAUCUCUGUAGGCGAUAACAUAGCCUAUAAGGACAAAUUAAAGUACAGUAUGAAGGAGAACAUGAGUGUCGAUCACAAAUAUGAGGCUGCAGUCGAUGAUAACAAGAAUGAAAAGCAGAGUAAAUGUCCAGAAGAAUUGGAUGUUAAAGAAUUGGCAUCAGAGUUUAGGGAGCUGCUUACCUCGGAAUCUCCGGGAUUAGAUGCUCUUCUUGGUGUAUGCCAAGAUUGUGAUAAUUGUAAUUACAUGGAAGUUAAAUCUAGUUACAGAGUGAACAGACUGGCAAAAAGAUCUCUCAGCGAGGAUGAUGUUAGUGAAUCAGUGGCCAGCGAUUUCUUAGACAUGCUAGAGAAUGACCAGUUAUUAUCUGGAUGGAACUCCGAUGGUGAUCCUGAAUCUCCAAGAGAACGUCUUCUUAGAGAGUUCGAAAAGGAGGCCCUUAUUUCCGGCAAUUUCUUGUUGAGUCUCGAUGAAACAGGAGAGGACGCUGAAUCUAGUUCUGCAGUGCCAGUUGACUCUCACUCUGGUGAUGAUUCAGAGGAUCAUAUGCUUGCUUCACUUCUUGAAGCUGCUGAAGAGGAGCUUGACAUAAGAAGUCAUUCAUUAGGACACGGGAGAAAGGACAUGACACAGGAAGAUCUAGAGGUUAAAGCUCUGAUGCGUGAAUGGGGGUUCGACAAGGAAACUUUUCAGAACUCUCCACGGUGUUGCUCUAAUAGCGGCUUUGGAAGUCCAAUUGAACUCGCCCCGGAAGAGCCAGACGAUGGAAUAGAUUUCUUACAGCAAAAGAUUUGAAGCUGAAGAAAUCUCUUGGAAUCAUUAUAAGCCAUGAAACUCCAAUUGAUGCUGCAUUUCCCGUUUUGGUAUAGUCACAGAUCUCUGGGCCGGUUUAGAAGCAGAGUUAAGCUAGAAACGAUUCUGGGGCACCAGAAAACCACCACAGUUGCGUAACCAGUUGGGUAAGGCAUGCAGUUAGAAAGUCAAAACCUUUAGUGAAUCCGAAUCUGAAUAUAUGAAGACACACAUGGAGCCUGCAAGUUUGUUUGCGCAUCUCUUUACCGUUUCGUGUUGUGGGCUGUAAUAAAAAAAGACGAGAUCCGGGCUAUGAAUUUUAUGUGGCAUGAAAUCUGAAUGCCAUGUUUCCAGAAUGAGCUAUGAGGAAUACAUGCUGCAGCCUUCAACUUGACAAUUCUAAUAUAAUCGGAGCCUACAUCAGUCACUGGAGACAGCAAGUUCCUGCACAUGAAUUCGUUUUCUGUAUUUCUUUUUCAGUCGUCAUAUUUUUGUAACUAUACAUUAUUUCGGUUUUCUUCUCUCCAGGAGAGAGUUCAUGAAAAUAGAUUGGUUUGGUCGA